GUCGACUCUCUCACUCACCAUUUCACCAAGCCACCGGCCCCUGACCUCCCAUGGCCGCCCGCCGGUAGACGCCGGCCAGCGAUUCUCCCCUUCUUUCACACCCUCUACUCUCUUUGCUUCUCCCCCGUUCCUCUACACCGGGAUUGGAUUUUGCUGUCAACCCUAACCUUCGCCGCCGUCUCUCCCCCAGUCCCUGCCGCCGGCUCAUCUCCUCCCCGCCGCAUAUCCCGGUUGCAGGCUUCUCCCCGGGUACCUUCUUCCUCCGUCCUCGCUUUCUCGUGGCCGCUGGACUGAUUUGGGUGAGCCUGUCCGCGAGUAGGGUGCAGCUACUCAACAACAGCACAUUUUUGCCGGCGCGCCAAUUGCGAUCCUCCGUGCAGCAUUUGCUUAGAAUUUGUCGAUAGGCACGGCAUUUCGACGUUCUUAUGACACCGCUACGACAUACAUACUCACUUCGUAAGCGCAGACAUACCACACCGGUUUCUCCUGUUACAGAGGAGGCUGCUGCUUCGACUGAGAUUGACGUGUUGUCAGAUGCUGGCCUGUCAAGCCCCAGUGAUGACAUCCCCACAGAUUCUGAUAUCACAUCUAAAGGUCCUGGACGAGUUCGUCUACGUAGUCGGCCUGCUGGUGCUGAUUUGCCACGCCCAGGUGCUUCAGCGGCUGCCGAAGCACGGCAAAGGCGCAUACUGCGUACUUCAGAAGCUAGACAGUUUCGCAAACGUCCUCGUCAUGUAUCGUUCCAUAUACCAAAUGAUGGAGACUCCCCGUCCGCUUCUCAGACAAAGCCGGCUCCAUCUAAUAAUCAUGCAUCCCUCCUCCAUACCUUAGCAGAGGCGUCAGUGUCAUGUCCUGACGAGACAACCUCUUCCAUGGUGGAAGAAGAGAGCGAGAACAGGAAGAUGGAUGAGUUGGGUGCAGGGCCAGUUGGAAAAGGACAAGAAGCGGUGGUGGAAGAGAAGUCAGAUCAUGAGAUCUUCAAGAUGGAAUCCCAAGUUCUUGACUGCAACAUCUGCUUGAAGCCCCUAAAGCCACCCAUCUUCCAGUGUGAGGUUCGGCAUGUCUUGUGUUCACUGUGCUUCGAAAAGCUACCGCAAAAAUGCGUCAUCUGCUGCAAAAGAACCGACUAUAGUCGUUGCUUUGCACUUGAACAGUUUAUCAACGCCAUCAGGGUGCCAUGCUCAAACACAAAAUAUGGAUGUGACGAGUUCAUCACACAGGACCAGAAAGAGAAGCAUGAAAGUGGAUGUACGCAUGCUCCAUGCUUCUGCCCAGAGGAUGGAUGCUCUUUCAUAGGUUCAAGGGGUUCACUUCUGGACCACUUCGUCACCAAGCACGGAUGGUUGCAGACCAAUCUCCACUACAAAAAAUCACUCAGGAUCUCUAUGGCACGAGACCGGCGAUUUACUCUCUUGGUUGGAGAAGACAUGUCCAUCUUCCUCUUAACCAACACUCUGACUGAUAUUGGCAAUGCUCUCACGUUGGUCUGCAUCAGGCCUCGCGAGUCUGAACCUAGUUAUUCAUCCAAGAUCUCAGCUGUUCCCCGUGGUGCUGGUGCUGCAGUGAGGCUUGUGUUCGAGAUGGAUCCUCUUGUAGCAAGCAGUUCGUUGCAGGGUGGAGUGCAGUUGGGGAAGUUCUUUCUGCUGGUUCCUCCGGAGUUGGUUGAUGAGUCCACUGACGAACUUACCAUAAACAUUCGCAUUGAUGAGCUCACAUCGAAAUCUCAGCAAGAAGCUGUUGCCUGAUACUGUUUGGGUCACUUCUCAUUCAACUGAGCUGCACACCACGGAAGUUUUUUGCUGCAGGGUGUUUACAUCUGACUGAAAGAACUAGGCUGUGUUUAGAAGACGGUCAGUCGUUCUGUAUCUACUGUUGACUCAUUUCUAAUGGUGGAAGUUCUCCUAACUGAUGAAUAGCUGCUCUUAGUCGUGCAGAUUUACUUGUACUUUACUUGUGUCAUGGUCUGAAUAUCUGAAGGUAGGAAUCAGGGUGGUUAUACUAGCGUUCUUGACAGAACCAAAUUGUACCAAUGGAUCUGGUUAUUGCUGCUCAACAGAAAAUGGGAAGAAAAAGGAAAACUGUGUGCUACUACUCCUACCAUGUUCUUGCGUCCUUGCUGUUCAUGUCCUCGUGUUGUUACCUUUG